UUUUUAUAACCUGAGUAUAUAAAAGAUGAAGGUAUUGCUAUUUCUUUUGAUAUCCUUGCUCGCUGCAUCUGCGAUCCAAGUUGGAAUCAGUGAUGAUAUAUCGAUUGGAGGUCUUUCUUCAGGAGCUUUCAUGGCUGUUCAGACCCAUGUUGCUCUUUCAAAGACAUUCAGAGGAGCAGCCAUCUUUGCAGGAGGUCCUUACUACUGCUCUAUGGGAGAUCUUACUCAUGGGUUCCAGAAUUGUAUGGCAGAUGGAUCAGGAAUUGUUUUACAAAGACUCAUUAAUUAUCUGAAAGCCAAUGAAAAGUCUAGAUUUGUAGAUGAGACUAGCAAUUUGAAGGACGACAAAGUUUAUUUAUUCACUGGUACCUCAGAUAACACUGUCCAUAAAAGUGUGGGCCUUAAAGCUGAAGAAUUCUACAAGGAAAUGGGAGCUGACAUUAUGUCUUCUUUUGAUUUUGAAGCUGGGCACACAAUGCCAACUGAAGAUUUCGGGGUUGACUGUCUCAAAUCUGAAACUCCAUUUAUUGGGAGUUGUAACUUAAAUGGAGCUUUGGUAUCCUUACAGCAUCUUCACCCUCAUAAGAUCUUUAAGAAUAGCAAAAAGCAUAGUACCUCAAACAUAUUUGCUAUUGAUCAGAAUACUGAGGGGACUGUGAUGGGGUCUAAAGCUUAUGCCUAUAUUCCCUCUUCUUGCCAGGACUCUGCAGCUAGAUGUUCCUUACAUGUAGUGUUCCACGGAUGCCAGCAGACCAUUGAAAAUAUUGGAAUGAAAUAUGUUGAAAACACAGGUUAUAACAAAAUCGCCGAAGCCAACGACUUUGUCAUCCUCUAUCCUCAAGCUGCAGUUGACCAAACAGUAAAUCCGUUAGGAUGCUGGGACUGGUGGGGCUACACUGAUAGAAAUUUCGCUACAAAGAUGGGAAAGCAAAUUUUAGAAGUCAAGAGACUUGUUGAGCUUCUUAAAUCUGGGCAGGUUAAUACUUCCAAUAGCAAUGUUAACCAAGAUAUUAUAAAAGAAUAG